AUGACCAUGGUAGAUGGAAAGAUCUGCAAUGCAGCUACAGGCACAAAGUCUACGAGUAAGUGCUACAUAUGUGCGGCAACCUCGAAACAUUUUAAUAAACUGGAUUACAAAGGAGAAGUGAAUGUUACAGCCCUUGUAGUCGGCAUAUCUGUGUUACACGCUAAAAUUCGAUUAUUUAAAUUCAUCCUACACUUAACAUAUAAACUUAAAGUGAAAAAAUAUAGGGGAAUAAAAUCGAAAGAGGAGAAAGACCUAGAAGAUCAAACCAAAAGAGAGAUACAAACAAGGUUGCGCACUGAAACAGGUUUACUAAUAGAUAUGCCUAAAUCCAAUUUCGGGAAUAGAAAUGAUGGAAAUACUAGCAGAAGGUUCUUUGAGAAUCCCACGUUAGCUGCAGAAUUAACUGGAAUUAGCUAUAAACUGACAUACAGACUAAAAGCCAUAUUAGAAGCAAUUUCAAGCGGAUUUGAAAUUGAUCCGGUAAAUUAUGAAAGAUAUGCUUCAGAAACUGCUCGACUUUAUGUUAAGUUGUGA